CUAUCUUUGACAGAGGAACAACCACUGCUUGGUCCAGUGGAAAUCGCUAAACCUCUCCCUGUCCAUCUCCCAUCUCAUGGCAACCGCUACUCUAGCAAGGCACAGCCUUGCACAUUUUAUGGAUUUGGAAUCAAUUAAGUACAGUAUCGCAGCCCAACCAGUUUCCAGAAGGCAAUCUCUUCAUCUUUUCUACCACAGAUGCUAUUAUCACAAGCCAUGUUCAGUGGUUGUAUCCAUGAAUGGCUGCCAAGGAAACCCCAGAGACAGAGUCCCUGUUGGCAGCAUCGAGACUCGUACAUUUCCAGCAGUUACAUCUCCUGCUUUGGCUACGGACACCCUCAAUUUGGCGAUUUCUGAAAUGAAAGCCAAUCCUCCUCUUUUCACUUCAGGAAUCUUACGUCUCCAGGUGCCAAUCCAACAGCAAAUUGAAGCAAUUGAUUGGCUACACUCUCAGCACCAGAUUCAUCCACGCUGUUUCUUCUCUGGUCGAAGACAAAGCAAAGAUUUCACGGAGGUAACCAACGGAAAUGGCUAUCAAAAGUCCAAUAAUCUGGUCAGUGUGGCUGGUGUGGGCUCUGCUGUCCUUUUCAGGGAUGUCCAUCCAUUUUGUUACAAUGACUGGAAGUCCAUAAAGAGGUUCCUCUCUGCCAAUUGUCCACUGAUUCGUGCUUAUGGAGCUAUCCGCUUUGAUGCAAGGGCUAACAUAUCAUCUGAAUGGGAACUUUUUGGCUCAUUUUACUUCGUUAUCCCUCAGGUUGAGUUGGACGAGCUAGAUGGGUGUUCCAUGCUUGCCACAACUAUUGCAUGGGAUAAUGCAUUUUCAUGGACAUGGGAACAGGCUGUGGAUGCAGUUGAAGCUACCAUGACUCAGAUCUCUUCAAAUGUGGUAAAGUUAAGUAAAGAAGUAACUAGAUCAUUCAUUUUAAGCAAUAGUCACGUUCCCUGCAAGAUGUACUGGGAUCUUGCUGUUGAGAGAGCUUUGCAAAUCAUCAAUCGAAGCAGCUCACCACUUACUAAGGUUGUACUCGCACGUAGUAGCAAAUUUGUAAUUGCUAAUGACAUCGAUCCUAUAGCAUGGUUGGCUUGCCUGCAGGUCGAAGGGGAAAAUGCUUAUCAAUUUUGUCUUCAGCCGCCCAAUGCCCCUGCAUUUAUUGGGAACACGCCAGAGCAACUAUUUCACAGAAAUUGCCUGGGAAUUAGUAGUGAUGCUAUGGCUGGAACCCGUGCUCGAGGUGGAUCCAUGGCUUUAGAUCUUCAAAUACAACUUGAUUUACUUUCCAGUCCCAAGGACCACCUCGAGUUUACGACAGUACGAGAUGACAUAAGAAAAAAAUUAGAGGCUGUAUGUGACAGGAUAGUUGUUGAACCAAACAAGGCUAUAAGAAAAUUGCAUAGAGUUCAACACUUGUAUGCACGAUUGGCAGGCGAGUUAAGAAGCGAAGAUGAUGAGUUUAAAAUCCUGUCUUCUCUUCACCCUACUCCAGCAGUUUGUGGAUUUCCAACAGAAGAGGCUAGACUUUUAAUCGCAGAAACUGAAGUAUUUGAUCGAGGGAUGUAUGCUGGGCCUGUUGGUUGGUUUGGAGGAGGAGAAAGUGAGUUUGCUGUUGGCAUUAGAUCAGCAUUGGUAGAAAAGGGUCUUGGUGCAUUGAUCUAUGCCGGGACGGGGAUAGUAAAAGGAAGCAACCCAUCUUUGGAAUGGGAUGAACUGGAAUCAAAGACAUCUCAGUUUACCAAGCUGCUAAAACUUGAGGGUCCAUCAAGACAAAAAAUAGAGAACUCAGGAAUCAUCAACUGAUAAGAAGACCAGCGAGAGAGAGCAUAAAUUCCUGAAGUGUAAUUUCUAGACUCCUGAAUUGGAGUCAUCAGUUUGCACCCAUUGGUUUCUAUGAGGCACUUGUGAUGCAAACUAGCUGUUACUUUCACACUAUUACCUGGUAGCUUUUGGCCCGAUGGAUCUUGGAAUCAAGUAAAGCCUAGUUGGCAGGAGAAGUACCAAGAGCUUAUAGCAUGUUCAGAGAGCAGCACUUAAAUUGUAUCAGUGUGAUUUUUUUUCCAGAUAGGGAACUGGGUCGGUAUUCUUUAUUUUUUUAUGAAAGAAUUUCUUUUUCUUUUUUACUUUAAUUUUUGACCAAGUUGGAGAAGGUGUAAUAUUCUUUAGCAAUUUGAUAAUGUUUCCCCAA